AUGGUGAUCUUUGUGUUGAAGUAUCUAGUUUUAUUGUUGACUAGGGUACCUGUCGAUCCACUCGAGUGGCAGAUUUCACAGGACAUUGCUAAUAGCAUUGUUGCAUGGUUAGCCAAUACCAUAGGAGCAGCUGAGUCUGUAUUGAGGGUUCCAGCCAUAGGGCAUGACAAGAGGUUCUUUUUCAAGGUGGUGUUUUGUCUUUACAUGCUAUCAGCUUUGGGACGGUUGGUGUCAGGUCUUACAGUUGCCUAUGCUGCUAUGUUUUUUGCUUAA